AACAACUUUUCUCUCCUCCACCAGAGCCAAGCCAAAACAUAUUCUACUUUUUCUCAUAAGAAAAGCAAUUUAUUUGUAGUGUAAUCUACAAUUUUAAGUACGCGUGUUGAACUUGUUAUGUGCAUUUAAUUUGUUACUAAAAAUUGAGAUAAUAAUAACCGUUACAUUGCUAAGAAACGUUUGGCGUUGUCAGCAGCACCGACUGCUCCAACUCUGUAAACAAUCAGCGGUCUACGUUAGUGCAAAACCAACGCAACAUCAAACUAAUUUGAAAUACACCACUAGCAGCGACGACCCGGCAGAGGCAGCGAAUUUUAGUCACAUCAUGAGCGGUCGGUAUCGCGGUGGGGGCGGAGGCGGAGGAGGAGGUGGCCGCUAUGGCGGCGGGGGUGGUGGCUAUGGUGGCGGUUACAACGAUUUUGAUAACUAUCGUGGCGGUGGAGGCUGUGGAGGAGGCGGUUACAACGACAAUUUCGGCCCUGGUCCGAAUCCUUUCAAUAUGGGACCCAACAUCUCAGGCAAUGAUCUGAUGCAUCUGAUGAGCGCGAUGGCCAGCAAUUUUAGCAUGAACUCGCAGCCUCCACAGCCCAUGCGCCAGAGUUGUGGAGAGCUUCGGAAUCAUCACUGCGGUAUGUUUGUAGAGCUGUCGGGGCGCCUGUUUAAAAAGCGCGUAAACCGUUUUGCUGAGUUACGCGAUCGCAAUGGUGGCGCCUGUCAGCUGGUCGUGUUGGAAGACAAACAUCCUCGUGUGGCUCGUCGCAUGAACAAUAUGCCUGAGAACACAACUCUGACCAUUGUGGGUCAAGUAAUGAGAAGGCCACACAACUCGUGCAACCAGACAAUGCCCACCGGCGAAAUUGAGGUGGAGGUGCAGGACAUACUCAGCAUACAUUUCCCAGCCAGCGGCACGAAACGUGCUGGCGACAAGCGUACCUACAGCACCAUGGCCCAGCAACAGAGCAGCCUGGGCAUCACUAGCACCGAGUACAAAAUUGCCAAGAAUGAGAACAUCUUAAAGUACUUUGAGAAUCGCGAUCUCACCUGUAAUGAUUUGCGACGCGAUGAUGUCGGUAAAACAGUCACUUUGGUGGGCUGGAUACCCUCGACCAAAAACAACAAGUUCUUGCAGCUGAAAGAUGGCUACGGUCAGACUCAGCUUAUGAUCGAUGAUCAAUCUCUAAUGGACACAUUUCUGUCCACACCAGAGCAAACGGUGCUGCAAAUCGUCGGCAAAGUGCUGGGCCGGCCAAAGGCAAACAUAAACUUGAAAUACGACACUGGCGAAGUGGAAGUCAGUGUUACCAAUGUCAAGGUGUUAAAUCCCGACGACCCCUAUGAGGGUCCCAUCAAGGUUAAAGAGAAACUGCAGAAGAUGUCAAUUGAUGAUCUCGAUGCCGAUGAGGCUGCUGCUGUUUCAGGGAAUCCUAGCAGCGCCAAUAAUGGCGAUGGCGAUGCUCAUGGCAGCGAAUCGGCUGCUCCUGGCGCAGUCCAGACGAUUGCCGAGCAACAGCGUGUAAAGGUGGCAGACACCAACAAAUUUGCAGACCGCACACACAACUGCGGCGAACUGACAUCCAAUGAAAUUAACGAAAAGGUGGUAAUAUGCGGCUGGCUGGAGUUUCAGCGCAUGAACAAAUUCUUCAUAUUGCGUGAUGCCUACGGCCAAACGCAAGUGCUCAUCUUGGCCAGGACAAAGGGCCUUGAAGAGUAUGCCGAAUCUGGCGUGCCCAUUGAAUCGAUUGUGCGCGUGGAGGGCACAGUCAUACCACGCCCAGCGGCCACCAUAAAUCCAAAAAUGACCACAGGACAUGUUGAAAUCGAGGCCGAUAAAGUCGACGUACUCAAUGCGGCCAAGAAGAAUCUCCCCUUUGAGAUACGCAAAUUUAAUCGCGCCGGCGAACGCUUGCGCCUCACGCAUCGUUAUUUGGACUUGCGCUUUAAUGACAUGCAGCAUAAUUUGCGUUUGCGCUCGGCGGUUAUAAUGCGCAUGCGCGAAUAUUUGAUUAACUACUUGGGCUUUGUGGAGGUGGAGACGCCAACGCUGUUCCGUCGCACGCCCGGCGGUGCCCAAGAGUUUGUGGUGCCCACACGCAAGGCAGGCCACUUUUAUUCACUCGUUCAGAGUCCACAGCAGUUCAAGCAGAUGCUGAUGUCCGGUGGCAUCGAUCGCUAUUUUCAGGUGGCCAGAUGCUAUCGCGAUGAGGCCACACGCCCGGAUCGUCAGCCGGAGUUUACACAGCUGGACAUUGAAUUGUCGUUCACCAGUCGCGAUGACAUAAUGCAACUGAUCGAAGAGACGCUGCGCUAUUCGUGGCCCAAACAUUUGCCCAAGCUACAGACGCCAUUUCGGCGCAUCACUUAUGAGGAGGCCUUAGAGAAAUAUGGCACCGAUAAGCCGGACACACGGUUUGGAUUUUUGCUUAAUAACGUCUCGGACAUCGUCGAGAAGAGCGAAAAUUUCAAGGGAAAAUACGAUGACUUUGGCGCCUAUGCCAUUGUUGUACGUGCCAGCGAGGCCUUUUGGAAUGGUGCCGCCCGCAAGCAUUACGAAAGCCUGAGUAAAGCGUUCUCGGGCACACUUUUUGUGCGCAAAUUCAACUUUGCCAAUGACUUGCAGGAGAGACUCACGAAAUUACUGGGAACUGAUGUGGCAACCGAGAUUAUUGAGAAAUUUGAUUUGGAAGAGAACGAUUUGCUUUUCCUGUGCAUUGGACCCAAGGUGGAGACGCGCAAUAUUCUGGGUCGCAUUCGUCUGGACUAUCACGAGUUUCUCGUGGAGAAUGUAAAGACCAAGAAAUCCAACGACUAUCGUUUUCUAUGGGUUGUCGAUUUUCCACUAUUUGAGCGCAACACUGCCACAAAUCAGCUGGAGAGUGUGCAUCAUCCGUUCACGGCGCCGCUUGUCGAGGAUUUGGAUAAGUUUGCAACCAGUUGCGACAAUCUUGAAACUAUUCGUUCUGAAGCCUAUGAUCUGGUGCUAAAUGGACAGGAGGUGGGCGGUGGCUCAAUGCGCAUACACGAUCGCGAUAUGCAGCAGUUCAUAUUGGAGCAAGUGCUUAAGAUUCCCCACGAUCAUCUGUCGCAUUUGUUGAGCGCCCUGGAAUCUGGUUGCCCCCCUCAUGGUGGCAUUGCUUUGGGACUGGAUCGUCUUAUAGCUAUACUAUGCCGUGCGCGUUCCAUACGCGAUGUGAUUGCAUUCCCCAAGUCAUUAAACGGACGGGAUCCACUCUCUAAUGCACCAGUGCCUAUUUCAGAGGACGAGAUGAAACUCUACCACCUCACCGUGCAACAGGCUGACGCGGAGGAGGACGGUGCUAGCACCAAUGAUACAGCACAUGCUCAGGAGGAUGAUGAUCCAGACGCAGUGCGUGCUCCACCAUCGCCCAUGUCGGGCACCAGCGACACGGAGCAAGCCAGCAUGGAUGUCGAUGUCAAGAACGAGCCUGUCGACGAAGUGCCAGCACCAGAAGCAAUAAAUAUCGACGAUAAACUUGAGACUGCGGCGCAAGCUCCACCACUCUCGCCAACAGCCAUAAAAGAGGAGCCAGCCAAAACGGCGACAGAUGAAACACCAACCCCAACACCAGCACCAACACCAACAGCAGGUGCAGCAGCGCCAGCAGCGGCGGCGGCUUCAACAACCGCGACACCAGUGACGCGUGCCAAACGCGUAAUCAAAAAAAAAGUGUAGGGCGCCCCAUUUCGCAAAUGAGCAAUAGCGGAGAUAAAGAUACGACUUAGCAUUUUAUCCAUAAGCUCAAAUAACACAUGUAACGGCAUGUUCAGGAUGCCGACAGAAAGUCAACAACCAACCAAGAUGUCACCGCUCUAAUGCCUAAAGUCAGUCAAACCAAUGCAGUGUGGCGCCGGAGGGCGGACCCUAUUAAAUUGUAUUGUAAAUGCCAUUGGCGCAAUUUUGUACUCAAUGGUUUAAUUGCCCAUCUAUCCUUAUAACCCUCUCCUAAGCGGAUGCUCUUCGCGCGCCCGCCCACCAACAUUCGUAAGUCCAUUUUUUAAUUAUAUGGCGAUUUAUUACAAUUUACAAUAUCAUUAUUUACGAACUGCUAUUGUAUUGCGAUUUGUUUUAAAAUACAAUAACUCCAUUAAUAA